GUUUAUUUGGUGUGCGACGUCAACCUCUCUAUAUAAACCGGUAGAUUCCUGGAUUACUAUUAUCCAGAGUUGACUUUGUCUGUCCAGAUUAUUCGAUUUGCCAUUAUGGAUUUGCCUUUGGAUAACCCGGGUGUCGCCCUUGGGGAAAUUAUCACGAACCCAACAAGUCUGGGAUUCAUCCCAGUAGCUAUUCAUUUUGAUCUCUUCACGAUCCUUGCGCGAGCUGGAAAACCUGUCACCGCCGAAGAAGUGGCUGAGAUCAGCAAUGUGAAGAUUCGUGAGAGGGCUAAAGGGGAGCCAGAGCUAGGUGUCAAGUUAGCUGAGGACGUACUCUACAUUAUGACGGGACUGGGAUUGGUGGACCAGGUCUCUGAGAAUGGGUUCAAUGCGAAUGCCAUCACGAAGCAUUUGGACCAAUGGGAAGGCGCAAAGCAUGCGGCUCUUCACUUCACCAUCGAGGGCCUCCUCGCCGGAGCGUUCACGUAUUCGAAACUAAAAGACACCAACUUCGAAUACCCCUUCAAAGGGACCGAAACCCCAAUGCAAUAUGCCCACAAACGCCUUGGAAACGAAAUUCUCUCCAAGAAACACACCUACUCCAUCAUGGCAGACGAAGGCCGAAUGGACAGCUUCAACAAUUUCAUGGUCCACAAGCUCUCCAAAAGGCCCAGAGCCCCAGAUAGAAUCAAGCACCUCGGCUACGACCUCGACGACGCCAUCUUCAGUGCCCCUAAGGACACAGUCGCAGUAGUCGACAUCGGCGGUGGCCACGGCCACACCCUGUUAUCCUUCAAAGAAGCCUACCCCCACCUCAGUGCCGACAAGCUAAUCGUGCAGGACUUCUACGCCACCGUCGACACAAUCCCAGGCGUCACGUUGAUGAAAUACAACUUCAAAGACACGGCCCCGCAACCCGUCCAAGGCGCGCAUAUCUACUGCCUGCAGCACAUCCUGCACAACCACCCGGACCUAGAAUCCAUCGCUCUCCUGCAGAAAACCGCUGCUGCGAUGAACGAAGAUUCGCGGCUGUUAGUUAUCGAAGCCACGAAGAAUGCGAAAAACGCGGCGAUGCAUGCAGCUAUGGUUGCGCUUUAUGGGGGCAGAGAGCGGAGUAGUGCGGAGUGGAAGCUUAUGGCGGCGGUGAGUGGGUUGGAGGUUACGUUUGAAAGUUAUCCGGAGACUGGGGAGUGUUUGGUGGAGAUGCGGAAAGUUAGAGGCAGUAAAUAGGAACUUAGCUCAGACUGGUUAUAGAUUCAAUGGAUUGAAGAGGCUUAGCUAAAUUUGACUGAUCACAAGGCAGAGGGCA